UCGCUGGAUGAUCCUCUUCAGCCUCUCAGCUCGCUCAGACUUCGUGCAACACUUUACAUAGCAACACUUUGCUUCUCCACGCCACGGUGCUUGGUGUUGUUGUGCUUGCAAAGGAUCUCGCAGCGUGGAUUUCAAUAGUCUGAGCAGUCCGUUGGACAUUUGAACUUGUCACGUCUUUUAGUUUAUUUACGCGACGUGCAAACAGGAGGCAGUUUGUUGCGUGAUAUUUACGCCAGAAAGAAAGCGACAGCUCAAUGAUUCGGCUCUAAGUCCAUGAAAACAGGAGCGGCACCAAUCCCCGAGAGACGGCGGCAACUUCACCUGAACAAAAGACAAGGCAUCAAGAGACAGACAUGGGCCAUGGCGAGGCUUCAGCACGAGGGACGACGGUCAUGACGGGCGACUGCGUAACAUGCGUCAAAUACCUCAUGUUGAUCUUCAACACCUUCCUUGUUAUGGCAGGGUGUUUCCUCCUCGGUGUGGGAUUGUUGGUGUUGUUUGGAACGGCAGUGUUGAGUGAAAUGCUGAUGCAACACCCCGUGUUGUCAAAAACCGUCUUUGCCGUGCUGGGCAUCGGAGCCUUGCUCUUCCUACUGGGCUUCGUGGGCUGCUGCGGAGCCCUCCGUGAAAAUAGGUGUCUGCUCUUCUUUUUCUUCAUGCUCAUCUUCGUGGUCUUUAUAGCAGAGCUGGCUGCCGGGGUUUGGGCCUACACGCAGCGUCAAAAGUUCUUUGUUGAAGAUUUACAAAAAGAGAUGCGGGAAAAGUAUCAGGGCUAUGCGCCCGAUGACAAGUAUUCUACAAUAUGGAAUAAAUGGAUGGUUCAACAUGAGUGCUGUGGCAUAAAUGGAAUAGAAGAUUUUGAGGGCAGUCUGUUUCGUAGGAAAUACAAUCACACAGUCCCAACAGCUUGCUGCCUGCAGCGUAGCCCGGCCGGGAAUUUAGAGCAUGCUGAUAUGGAUAAAUGCCUUAAUGGCUCGCAAGAUCAUAUCAACGCACAGGGUUGUUAUAAAGCAGGCUUCAAAACCUAUGAACUUUACCUCUAUUUAGCGGGAGCGUUGUUCAUUCUGGUGCUCACCUUUGAGCUUCUCGCCAUGUCCGUGGCUAUGUGCCUCUUCAGGGGACUCCAAUCCAUGUAGUCUGUUUGGACCUUUUCUUUUCCAAGGAAAAAUAGGGAAUACGCAAGGAAGAAGAAAUUCAACACUUUGGAAUUGUUAUUGAACUCAUUUUCUAUUUGAAAUUGUUUAGUUGGGGUAGCAAAAAAAAAAAAAAUGUUCUUAAAAUGAUUGUACUUCACAGCUGGACUUUUGAGGUACUUGGUGACACAGUAAUACAUGUACUGGCCCACAAAAGAAAAAGUGGGAUAUGGAAGACAAAGCUGAUGUAAAAAGAUUUUGUGUUCAGUGGAAAGUGUCAUUUGUGGACCAGGUCUUACACAGACUGGGUGUAAAGUAGACUGGACAUGAGUACCAGAUGAACCCUUAGCAGAAGGCACUGCACUGACUUUUGGAUGAAGAAUAUUUAUAUGAAGUAAAUCUGGCUUAAGUGUUUCAGAUGGCUGUGACCCUUCCCCUUUGUUACUGUGCAUAGUGACGCGGUCCUUCCACGUGCCCUUUUCACAGCCACGUUUCUAGUAUGCUGUAUUAUACUGUAUACGCUCUGUAGGUGAGUGUGUGUACAUACUUGAUGCAUUUUUCAAAUGUGUGUAAACUAUUUUGUGAGCAUGUGAGCUUCACGACCCUCGCGGACUUGAACGUCAACGUGAUUUGAAAUUUCUGUUUAUAUGGCUACUCUUUCACCAUUAUGUGCUUUUAAGUGUUUGUGUAUGCAUUUGAUCUUUAAUAAAUGGCAUUGGAAAUAAA